AUGUUAUUUCAAGUCGCUGUUAUUUACACAUUUCUUUUGAAAUUAUUGCCUUUAUCAACUUCUAAUGUUUAUCAAUAUCUAUGGCGACAUUAUGGGGCUUCAACAAUGAAACUUUACGGCGAGUUUGUUAAAACUCGUCUACAAUUAGACAAACUACGAUGUGAUUUGACAUUUAUUCGAACAUGCAAGAGAGAAGAGCUUAUUCCUACAUUUGCUCGAAUUCGUUUGGCGAAUCCAUAUCUACGUAACUCGAAGGUUGCUCGACAAUGUGCUGAAGCUGUUCUUCAAGGAGAGAUGAAAUUUAAAAAACGUUUGCUGACUCAAUCACACAGACAUUCUAAUCGAUUAUUACAAGAAUUCAAUCAAUGUGUUCCUCGGUUAAUUAGUAUUCGACUUCGCUCGAUAGCUGAACAAAUCGUUGCAAAACGAAGAGAACGAGUCGAAACUCAACAUUUAUCUAAUUUGAACAAGUUAAGGUGCAAGAAAGUAAGUAAAUUAGAUCGUCGAUCAACAAUUGAUCCAAUAACCAAUCUGUCAAGUCGAACUCUGAAUACUGAAGAGCGAAACGCACUCAUCAAUGGUCUUCAUCAUGUGUAUCCUUCCAAUAGAUUUGAUCAUUCGCGUUUCGUCUGCAACGUUGAAUAUUUCUAUGCUCGACUACUCAAUCUACGUACAGAGUAUCGUCAUUAUGAGCAAAAGAAUGCUAAUGAGAAUGUGGUUCAUCAACUAUCAUCGGUACAGUUGAACGCUGCUUCUCAAUUCCGCUCAACGGCUAAUUCUAUCACGAAAAUGGCAGAAACCGAGCUAAAACAAGUCGGCGAAGAGCAUCAAAGAACGUUUGGAAUCCUACGGUCAUUAGCAAAAGAUCAGUCUAUUGUCAUCACAAGACCUGACAAGGGUCGUGGAGUUGUAUUAAUGGAUAGAUCUGAAUAUGUACAGAAGAUGGAAACAAUAUUGAAUGAUCCAUCAACAUUCACUGUCAUCGAUCAUGAUCCAACUAUCAUCAACGAAGAUCGACUGACCCGUACGCUGCUAAGACUGAAGAAAGAAGGUUUCAUCACCAACGAGGAAUACAACAUCGCAAGACCUGUAGGUUCCAGAGCAGCUCGUCUGUAUGGUCUACCAAAACUGCACAAAGCAAACAAUCCAUUAAGACCUGUCAUGUCAGCUACGAAAACAGUUGGUUAUGGUUUAGGUAAAAUGUUGACAAGUCGAUUAUCUCACCUUCGCAACAGCCCAUACGUUGUCAAAGAUACAUUCGAUUUUGUCAAUAAAAUCAAAUUAUCAACAAACCUAACCAAAACGAUGAUCUCUUUCGAUGUGACAAGUCUCUUCACAAAUGUACCAUUAACUUACACAAUUAAUUACAUCCUCGAUCAAAUGUACCCAGCUUGUUCAAGAAUAUGUCCACCUCGUCCUAGAACAAAGCACUGUAGAGCGUGUAAGAAAAGAAGAGACUUCGAAAUACUCCUGCGAACAGCCACAUCAGAAACAAAUUUCUUGUUCGACAAGAAGAUGUAUGUACAACACAAUGGAGUAGCAAUGGGUGCUCCAUUGGCACCAGUGAUUGCUGACAUAUUCAUGGCUCAUCUUGAAACGACAUUAAUGGACCAGUUGAAACAAAGUGGAGUAUGCNAGAUCAUCGAAACGUCGAUUCUUCUUUUAUUUUAUUUCAAUAAACAUAAUUUCGUUAUGUUAUUUCAAGUCGCUGUUAUUUACACAUUUCUUUUGAAAUUAUUGCCUUUAUCAACUUCUAACGGAAUUUUAUGUUCGGUUUUUUUAAAUCGGUUGUAA